GGCCGCUGGGUAGGAGGCAUUGCUGGGUGCAGCGGCCUGACCUCCCAGGGCCCCGCGGGGGUGCGGGAGAGGCUGGGAGCUCAGGUGCCCGGCCCGCCCCUCGGCCCGCCUCCCUGCCCAUUCUCCCUGCGCCCUGCGCUCCAAAGCCGGCUGCGGCCCUGGCAGCUCCUCGCCCGGCUCCGUGACCACCGGACGCCCUGCCGAUGUCGGGAGCGAUCUUCGCGCCCCUAGAGGGCCCAGAUGCCCCGGACGCUGCGAACGGCCACCCGCUCGUGUGCCCGCUGUGCCACGCGCAGUACGAGCGCCCGUGCCUGCUCGACUGCUUCCACCACUUCUGCGCCGGCUGCCUGCGCGGCCGCGCCGCCGACGGCCUCCUCACCUGCCCGCUGUGCCAGUGAACACCAGACGGUGGUGAAGGGCCCCGGCGGGAUCCCUCCAGUGGACCGGCUGCUCCAGUUCCUCGUGGACAGCUCGGGGGACGGCCUGGAGGUGGUGCGGUGUGCCAACUGUGACCUGGCGUGCAGCGAGCAGGACCUCGAGACCACGUACUUCUGCAACACGUGUGGGCAGCCGCUAUGCGCUCACUGCCGAGAAGAGACACACCGGGCUCGCAUGUUCGCACGCCACGACAUCGUGGCCCUGGGCCAGCGCAGCCGCGACGUGCUCCAGAAGUGCACUCUGCACGCGGAACCCUACAUCAUGUUCUCCACCGACAAGAAGUCGCUGCUGUGCAUCCGCUGCUUCCGGGACAUGCAGGGGGAGAGCCGAGCCCACUGCGUGGACCUCGAGUCGGCCUACGUGCAGGGCUGCGAGCGGCUGGAGCAGGCGGUGCUGGGCGUGAAGGCCCUGCAGACGGCCACCCAGGAGGCCAUCGGGCUGCUGCAGGCAAUGGUGGAGGAGGUGCGGUGCAGCGCAGCAGAGGAGGAAGCCGCCAUCCACGCCCUGUUCGGCAGCAUGCAGGACAAACUGGCCGAGAGGAAAGAGCUGCUGCUGCGGGCCGUGCAGAGCCAGUAUGAGGAGAAGGACAAGGCCUUCAAGGAGCAGCUCUCCCACUUGGCCACCCUGCUGCCCACCCUGCAGGUUCACCUGGUCAUCUGCUCCUCCUUCCUCAGCCUGGCCAACAAGGCCCAGUUUCUGGACCUGGGCUAUGAGCUGAUUGAGAGGCUGCAGGGCAUCGCUUCACAGCCGCAUCGCCUCCAGCCCUCUCGGAGCAGCCAGAUCAUCAGCGACCACCGUGCAGAGUUCUCCCGCUGCCUGGAACCGCUGCUGCUGCCGCCUCCUGGGCCUUGCCAGGCAGCAGGUGCUGGGGGCAGCACCAACACGUUAGCAGGGGGCUCAGGCCCCAAGGGGCUGGGGGUGCCCAGCUGCCCUUCCCCAGUAGGGAAGAUGUCAGGGCCACCGGUCCAGAAGCCCACGCUGCACCGGUCCAUCAGCACCAGGGUGCUGCUGGCAGAGGGGGAGGACACGCCCUUCAUGGAGCACUGCCGCCACUUUGAGGACUCCUACCGGCAUCUGCAGGCCGAGACGCAGAGCCUGAAGGACCAGGUCCAGGAGCUGCACCGGGACCUCACCAAGCAUCACUCGCUCAUCAAGGCUGAGAUCAUGGGUGACAUCCUGCACAGGGCCCUGCAGGUGGACGUGCGGAUCGCCGCGCAGUACGCCUCCGUGGAGGGCAUGAGAGCCGUCUUCCAGGAGAUGUGGGAGGAAUCCUACCAGCGGGUGGCUAACGAGCAGGAGAUUUAUGAAGCCCAGCUCCGUGACCUUGUCCAGCUGAAGCAGGAGAACGCCUGCCUGACCGCCAUCACCAAGCACAUCACCCCCUACGUCCGCUCCAUUGCCAAGGUGAAGGAGCGGCUGCAGCCCAGGUUUCAGGUGCCUGUGGACGAGGAUUCCGAGCAUCUACAAAACGUGCGUGAUGACGGCACAGGCGUCGAGACCAGGGGUGACCUGGUGUGCGCCACGGACCAGAGAGAGCAGACCUCGGAGCUGAGAGGAAGCGGCCACACCCUGAUCGGCCUCCAAGAAGAGCCUGCACUAAAAACCAAAGAUCCGCACAGGCCCAAGCUAAAAAACGGGGGUGACGGACCCCCACAGAGGGAGCACCCCACUUAGCCAAUGGGGCUGGUCCCAGGGGCUCGGGCCUGGCACAGUGUGCUCAUCGGGCCCAGCACGCUGAGGAAGGGGGCUCCCCUUGGGAUGGUUUUGUCUAAGGGUAAAGGGUGACUGUCUCCCGGCGGUCACACCCAAAAACCCUCUGAAAGGUCCUCCUUCUGGAUCCUUUGGCUUUGCUUUCCCUGCGUUCACAUGGCCUGAAGUCUUGGUCCUCACCACAGUGACCGGGGAGGAGUCCCAGCCUGUGGGGACAGUAAAUGAGGGAACAGCCAGCCUCGAGCCACUCCCUGGUCCAGCCUCUCCCGGUGCCUGUGCGUGGCCCCAUCCUGGGGUCGCCUGCAUGCCCAUGAGGACGUGCCACCGUGGACGUGGGUGACAAGACCCAUCCUGUAAGGAAUCCAGUUUCUCCUGCGUCACAGCCCCACUGUUAGCCCGGAGCCACUGGGAGGCUCCACCCAGGGACCUGAGCACUGACUUAGUGGAGGAGAGAAACCUGCGCCAGCUCCUCCCUGCCCGGAGGGGCGGGGCCUCCAGGGCAGCCUUCGCCUCCCUCUCAAGUCGCGCCCUGUGCUGGCCUCCAGCUGAUUACUGAAGCGGAGCGGGCAGCAAGUUUUCCCAUUCCUACCUGGUGCCCUUUUUACAAGUGGAAAUUGAUACUUUUCAGAACGGAAAAUGAACCUAUGUGACCUAAGAUUGGCAGUUUUGGAGGCAAAAUGAUGCCCAGAGAGACACUUUUCAGCAAACAUCCAUCUUGAGUCAGUGGUUCAAACAGCGAAUGGCUUCCCCACACCAGCUGGGCUCACACGUCACUAUGUUAAGGUCACAUGUGAACUGACACCCCUGGACCUGCCAUUUCAGGCCACCAACGUCCCCGUGCCAAAGCACUGCACCCUUCCAUGGGGGCCUAUGGCGCACAAGCUGCUUAGAGGCAGGAAUUCAGAGCCGAAUCGAGGAGGCAAAACGCAUGUGGUUCCCGGUGCAGGUGCAGACGUUUCCGAGCCAGAAGUGACUCCACUGAGUGUCUGCGCCCCCAUAAUCACGCUAUUGUUCGUAGUGAAAUCAAGUACAGCUUUAUUCCAGGUGUGGAAAGAGUAUCAGUACCUGUGAAACACAACCCAAUUUAAAACACUUGAAUAAACAUUUCUGCAUGUAAAAAGAGGAAAA